CUGGUCAGUGCGCAUGCGCCUGGAGUGAAGAGGAAGUAACGUUAAGCAUCAUGUCGAUAGAAGAUCCAUUUUUCGUUGUGAAGGGGGAGGUGCAGAAGGCCCUCUCUCGUGCUCGGGGCCUGUUUGAUAGAUGGGAGGAACUGUUGCAGGAAGGGACACAGGUAAGUCGUGACGAGCUGGACUGGAGUGCCAAUGAACUGAGGAACUGUCUGAGGGCCAUCGACUGGGACCUGGAGGACCUCAGUGAAACCAUCAGUAUCGUGGAGUCGAACCCCGGGAAGUUUAGACUGGGAGACAGUGAACUUCUGGAGAGGAGAGACUUCGUGGAGCGCACCAAGAAGUCUGUCCAGGAGAUGAAGGAUCAGUUGUCCAGCCCUUCUGCUGUGGCUCAGGCAGAGAAGAAGAACCGAGAGGCUCUGCUGACUUCAACAGGCCAAGACAGGUCAACAGGUCUGGAGGCUCAUCUGGUCUCUGCAAACUCCAGAUACAUCCAGGAGCAGCAGGAACAACAGCAGCUCAUCGUGCAGGACCAGGAUGAGCAGCUGGAGUUGGUGUCGGGCAGCAUCAGAGUCCUCAAAGAUAUGUCGGGACGCAUCGGGGACGAGCUCGACGAGCAGGCCGUGAUGUUGGGGGAUUUUGGAGACGAGAUGGACCAGACUUCGUCCCGCAUGGACUCGGUCCUGAAGAAGCUGGAGAAGGUGUCUCACAUGACCAGCAGUCGGAGACAGUGGUGUGCUAUCGGCGUGCUUGUCACCGUCAUGAUCGUGGUGCUCAUCCUCUUCUUCGCUCUCUGACGCCGGUGACCUCCGACCUCUCGUUCACCGUCUCCUCCCCGUUAGGACGGACAGAUGCAGGAAGAUGGAUGUUUCUCUCCUCCUCCCCCCCUCCCCGUCCCUUCCUUUCCUCCCACUGAGGAGAAACUGGUGGCCUGCAGAGAGAAGUUAGGACACCGUCCGGCUUCUCUCUGCUUUUAAUGAUUCUAGUGAGAGAGAGAAAACUUCACACACGGGGAACCCCGGUGGUGUCACGUAUUUCACAUUGGUGCAUUUCAGUUAUUGUUGAAAAUAAUGGUACUCAAUGGGAGGGACAGGAGGCUGCUGCUGUCGGGUCAAAAUACAAAUCUGCAGAGCGUUUAUACGUUAGAUGUUCAACAGCUGUCCAGUGGCAGUAAUGUUAGGAAACAAAAGCUCUUCAAUCGUAGUUCCUUUUCUUCAAAACUACAAAACCGUCUUGUUUUCAUCGUCAAGUCAUAACUUUUGAAUGAUGGUGAAUCACAAACUGGAUCUAUUUGGCAAGCAAGUCGUUCCAAAAGGUUUUCUUUUUAAAGGGGCCUUUACAAGAAGGAGUGAAAGGAAAGACGGAAAUCUGGUUUUAUUAACUGCUGAAUCCAUAAAGAUGCAGUUCUUUGUGCUUUAAGCAGACAGGAGCAGCGUGGGAGGGAGGACAUGGGGUUGGGUCGGGGUUCUUCAGUGUUGCCUUAAAUAUAUUUUUAUAUAGUGGAAUGUGCAGUAUGUGUAUGUGCCUACAUGUGAAUCAGAGUGGGAAAUCACCACCAAGUAUAGUCAUCAGCAGUGGCAGUCGGCCAGAAAUCUGCAGGUUGUCCUUCCAGUCCAGCAGACAGCAGCUGAUUUCAGUGAGUCUGCUCUGAAAUCAGCUGCUGUGGUGAAAACAGAAACCUGUAGACUCACUGUAGGCCGGGCAGGCGGCUGCCCAUCCCUGACACUACACGUUGGCUUUGCUCCACUGGACACUUGUCAGAUUCCUGGCGCUCUGGCCAGCAGACAUUUCCCACCCCGAUUGAGAUCCGUCUCGCUGAGGUGAAGUCAGGUCUGCAGCCCCUGCAGGAUGUCCAGCACACGAUUGGCUGAGGCUUUGUUACUCUCACUGCGUGAUGAGAGACAACCUUGGCUCAGAGCGAAUGGGUUUGCCUGUUUUAUUGAAAAGCUUUAGCUAAUGAGAGGAGGAACAGUUGCUGGGCAGGAUGUCUCCACGGGCAGCCCAGCUUUAGGCUCACGGCUCCCUCUGCUGGAGGCUGUGGGUCAUGUUAUUUCUUUGUGUCAUGUCAGGUAACUCUACCCAUGCAAGGGUGUGUUGCAGUGCUGUAUAAUGCUUUGCAUUUUUGUGUUAAGGGACAUAAUUCCUGUACAAAGGCUUCAUGCAGAAUCAAGUUUAUUUUUAAUCUCGUGUGAUCCAGAUUUCUUUUUUCACUUCUGCUUUUAUUUUCCUGCUUCAGUUAAAGGAAAUUGUGAAAUAAGGAGUUACAUGAAAUGUCUCCUGAAACAUUUCCAAAGCAGUUCAGAGGUCAAACCCCCCCCAGGGUUUUAAUGUGGAUGGAUUUCAUCGAGUCCCCUUCACUGCCAGAGCUCGUCUAAUCUUAUUUUUCAUGUGUGCUUUUACAUAUCCAAGCGCUCCCUCUUGAAAAUGUGCUAAAUACUUGGAAAACGGCUGCAGCAUAAAUGAAGCACUUGUGUGGUUUCCACUCCCAGACCUCUGCAGGCAGAGUGCAGGUCUGUGCAGGUGAAGGCAUCUUGUAACAAAAGGAUUUCCAUAAUGGCUGUCAGGCUGUCGGUGCUUCUCUCUUUGGAUUACAUCUGCAUUUACUGCAUGAUACUGUAAUAUCUGUGUUUCCAGAUCUGAGUCUCAAAGACUUUCUGUGGAACAGCCUAUUGUAUAAGCAUUGAGACAAAACUUUAAUCUGAUCUCAAAAGUCACAUUAAAGCAAGUCAAUUUGUUAUUUAGCAAAUCUCAUGAAUACGUUUCUUUG